AUGGGUGACCUAAAUGCAAAAAUUGGUACUAGGAUGCAGGGUGAUCCGCAAGAAAUCAUUGGCUCACACGGCAUUGGCUCAAGAAACAACAAUGGAAGCCGGCUGCUUGACUUAUGUACAGAAUUCAAUCUGGCUGUGGGCGGAACCCUCUUCCCACACAAAAAUAUACAUAAAUAUACUUGGGAAUCACCGAGUGGUCACACAAGAAAUCAAAUAGACCACGUAUGUAUUAACACAACCUGGAAACGAUCAUUGUUGGAUGUCAGAUCACGAAGGGGAGCAGACAUACAUGGUGACCACAUGCUUGUCACCGCAGAUGUCAGGCUGAAACCAAGCACCAUAAGAUACGCGGCACAAAGAAGAAGAGAAUUAUCUACACGUCAGUUGGGCCCCAGUGAUAUACAAUCAUGUAUAAGGCAAAUUGGCGAAGAAACACUGGGGACUGUAAGAACAGAAAGAAAGGCUUGGAUUUCUGAUGACACAUGGGCAAAAAUAGAAAGACGGAGAAACCUGAAAACCACGCUUCUAACGCGCCCAACGCCUGAACUAAGAGCAGAAUACAAUAAUGUGGCAAAGCAAGUUAAGAGGUCUGCCAAAAAUGACAAACGGAGGUACUACAACACCCUAGCCUCACAAGCACAGGCGGCAGCCGAGCGUAACGACAUGCGCACCCUGUAUAACAAAAUAAGAACGAUAACAAAAUGUAACACCAAAAAUAACCGGCCAAUCAAUGACAAAAAUGGAUGUAUGUUAACAUCAAGAACUGAGCAACUUCGUCGCUGGAGGGAGCACUUUCAAGAAUCUGGUGCCACGGCCCUGCAACAUACUGAAACAGACCAGAACACAUCGUAUACCCAAAAUUCAAGAAUAAGCAUAAGCCCACCCACACAGAAUGAAAUAUCAGAUGCACUUAAAAGAUUGAAACAAGGUAGGGCAGAAGGUCCUGAAGGCAUCCCUGCAGAGUUGCUGCAAGCCGAUACCAGGAGUGCAGUAGCAGUACUUCACCCAAUUCUGCAGAGUGUGUGGGAAGACGAAAUAAUACCAACCUCAUGGAAACAGGGUAUAAUUGUGAAGUUGCCGAAAAAGGGUGACCUCAGAGAGUGUUCUAACUGGAGGGGAAUCACCGUGCAGAACUCAGUAAAUAAGGUUCUGGCACUUGUAAUCCUCGCAAGAAUUGAGGACAAGCUAGAAGAAACAUUACGAGAAGAACAGGCCGGAUUUAGAAGGCAAAGAGGCUGCAUUGACCAGUCAAACACUCUCAGACUAAUAGUGGAACAAUUAGUAGAAAGGAGGUCACCCCUAUUCAUAACAUUCGUCGAUUUCGAGAGGGCAUUUGACACUGUUAGACGCGCAAGCAUUUGGGGGGCAUUAGCUAACAGAGGAGUACCACAAAAAAUCAUCAAGAUCAUACGGGCUCUGUACGAUGAGUCAGAAGUCAGAAUCCUGCACAAUAAUGAACUCAGUGAUCCAUUCGAAAUAGAAACUGGAGUUAUACAUGGUGUUCACACAGAACCAGCUCAUAUAAUAAGGAAACGAAGCAUAGAACAACCAUUAAGGAUAACACUGUUUUAUGAUAAUUCUGUAUACAAAUUGGAUUAUCAAAAAUUCGAAUUAAUAAAUAAUACAAUUUUACCUGAAGCUGUGGAUUUUUGGCAGAAAGCUCUUAUGGUACGAGAAACGAAAGGCAUCAUUAGGCUGAAUAGAAAAUGUGAUAGCUCUCAAGUAUUUGUUAAAAAUGCAAAGACUCAUUGUAUUGAUACAUGCCGACCUGUUACGAUGUGUGGUGAAGUUGAAGUACCAGAAAUUCAUUUGGAUGUUUGCCGUAUUUGUAAUGCAACUGGUCAAAAUUGUCGCAUUGAACAGGGAUCUACUCCUGGUCCUGGAAUAGAAAAUGCUGAUUUUGUUUUUUAUGUAUCGGCACGUCAAACAGAACGUUGUCAUAAAGGAUUAACUGUUGCAUACGCAGCACAUUGUCAACAAGAAGCCGCUAUGGAUCGUCCAAUUGCCGGUCAUGCAAAUCUUUGUCCUGAAAGUAUUAGCACAAAACCACAAGAAUUACAAACCUUACUGUCAACGGUUAAACAUGAAAUUUUACAUGCAUUAGGAUUUUCUGUUAGUUUAUAUGCAUUCUUUCGUGAUGAAGACGGUAAUCCAAGAACACCUAGGACCUCAGAUACAGGGAAACCAUAUUUAAAUGAAAAAUUGCAAAUUCAUCAAUGGAGUGAUAAAACAAUACGAAAAGUUGUAAGAACUAAUUGGGCUGUACGAGGCGGCUAUGUUAAUAAAACUCUUGAUGUUAUGGUAACACCAAAAGUACGUAAAGAAGUACGAAAACAUUUUAAUUGUCCUGAAUUAGAGGGCGCAGAAUUAGAGGAUCAAGGUGGUGAGGGUACUGCUUUAACACACUGGGAGAAAAGAAUUUUGGAGAAUGAAGCGAUGACAGGAACACAUACACAGAGCCCAGUAUUUUCACGAAUUACACUUGCAUUAAUGGAAGAUUCCGGAUGGUAUCGUGCAAAUUAUAGUAUGGCACAACCAUUAAGCUGGGGUUAUAAACUUGGAUGUGAUUUUGCAAUGAGAAGUUGUAAAUCUUGGAUUGAAAGUAAUAUGGAAAGUGGGCGUUCAAUACAUCCAUUUUGCUCGAAAGUGAAACGUGAUCCAUUACAAACCGAAUGUACAAAUGACCGUAAUUCAGUAGCUUUAUGUAAUUUAGUACGACAUGAAUAUGAACUACCAAGACAAUAUCAGAAUUUUGAUCAUAUAAAACAUGUACCAAGAGGUCAGGAAGGAUAUUACGGUGGGUCGGUUUCUUUAGCAGAUCACUGUCCAUAUAUACAAGAAUUUACGUGGCGUAGCAAAAAUAUAAUUGUUCGUGGAUCACAUUGCCAAUACCAAGACAAUAAUCCGAAACCAGAAAAAAAUUUUGCUCUUGAAGCUUACGGCCUGAAUUCGAAAUGCUUUGAUCAUUCAGAAAAUAUGUGGGAGGAACGUUCAUGUCGUCAAACAAGAGAAUGGCAACACUGGGGUUCCGGAUGUUAUAAAUAUAAAUGUGAAAAUGGACGUUUAAGUAUUCUUGUUGGAAAUUAUACCUAUGAAUGUUAUUAUCCAGGACAACAGUUAACAAUACAUAUAAUGUCAAAUGGUUGGUUACAUAAAGGGGCAAUUGUUUGUCCAUCGUGUCAUGAAAUAUGUAAUGAUUACUUUACAGAGCGUGGCGAACAAAAUUGUCGAUUAAAAGAAGAAGCACCAGUUGCUUAUCAAUAUCCAUAUGAUUCAUUACAUUGUGAUGGUGUUGCCAACAUUAAAUAUCGCAACACAAAUAAAUUAGAAUUUUAUGGUAAAUUAUUUAUAAAAAGUAUAGCUUUAAUUAUGUUAUCAUCACAAUUAAAUCAAGCGACAUUGGGAGUUAGAUAAAGAAUUUCUUUUUACAUUUUUUUUUAAAUAAAUAAAAUUAAUUUUAAGAGUUAUACUAAUUAUUAAUAAUUAAUUAUUUGAUAAAAAAAAUAUAGAAAGCGGGAAUAAAACAAAAUUUUCAUUGCUCAAAACUAUUUCUAUACUACUAGAAUUUAAAAUUGACAGAAUGUAAUGUAAAACCUACAGUUUUAUUUAAGAAUUAGUAUAAUAAAACUUUUAAUUUUCGACUGGAAGUAAAUGUGUGGAUAUUAGUUUCGGAAUUUGUCGCCUGUUGGUUUUGUAAUUCAUUGUCAUAGCAUAAAUAAUAUGAGAACCAAUAAAAUUUUACAGAACUGCCAUCUAUAAAUUAAAAUUGUAGAUUGAAUGAUUGAUUAAAAUCUCGUAUUUAACGCUCGUGCAUGAGAAAAUACUUGGAAUCGAGUAUUUCAUUGUUUUUUUUAGAAAUGUGACCGGAAAUUUUUGGCAA